AGCCCACACAGCGCGGCUGGCGGCGGCGGCACAGGCCCGCAGGCCCGCCGCCAUCUCGGGCUGGCCCCCGCCCCCCCGGCUCCAUUUCCCGGGAUCCGGCACCGCCCCGGGAAGCGCGGCAGGAGCGGGCAGGGACGGGACCGGCACCGCAGGUCAGUCCCAGCACACAGUGCCAAAGGAAAGAGGAUGGAAGAAGGAAGCGCUGCCAAGGAAAGAGUCCUCAUUACUGGAGGAGGGGGUUAUUUUGGCUUCCGUUUAGGUUGUGCCAUAUAUCAAAAGGGAGUCAAUGUGAUUCUCUUUGAUGUCGUGAAGCCACUUCAAAGUGUGCCAGAGGGAAUAAAGUUCGUGCAGGGGGAUAUCUGUUGCCUGUCUGAAGUGGAAGAAGCUCUCAGAGAUGUCAUCUGCAUAUUCCAUAUCGCUUCCUAUGGAAUGUCUGGCAGGGAGCAGCUGAACCGAAAACUUAUAGAAGAUGUUAACGUGAAAGGAACAGAAAAUGUCAUCCAGGCCUGCAAGAGCAGGGGAGUGCCGAGUCUGGUUUAUACAAGUACCUACAACGUGGUAUUUGGAGGCCAGGUUAUAGAAAAUGGGGAUGAGUCUCUGCCUUAUCUACCUCUGCACCUUCACCCUGAUCACUACUCCCGAACGAAAUCUUUGGCUGAAAUGAAGGUGCUGGAGGCAAACGGUGCUGAGCUUGGAAAUGGGAGAGGUGUCCUAAGGACCUGUGCUCUCCGCCCAGCAGGGAUCUACGGGCCUGGGGAGCAGAGACACCUUCCAAGAAUAGUCAGCUACAUUGAAAGGGGACUGUUUAAGUUUGUGUAUGGAGACCCUCUGAGUCUGGUAGAGUUUGUACACGUGGACAACCUGGUCCAGGCUCAUGUCCUUGCCUCCGAGGCCCUCAGAGCCAGCAAGCAGCACAUUGCUGCAGGCCAGGCCUAUUUUAUUUCAGAUGGCAGGCCUGUAAAUAACUUUGAAUUUUUCCGACCGCUAGUGGAAGGUUUGGGUUACAAGUUCCCAACCUGGCGCCUUCCCCUCUCCCUUGUCUAUUUUUUUGCAUUCCUUACUGAAAUAGUUCAUUUUCUUGUAGGGUGUGUUUAUAACUUCCAGCCCCUCCUCACUCGCACGGAGGUUUACAAAACUGGUGUCACGCAUUAUUUCAGCAUGGAGAAGGCCAGGAAGGAGCUGGGCUAUGAGCCCCAGCAGUACAGCCUGGAUGAAGUGGUGGAGUGGUUUAGAUCGCAGGGAUGUGGACCAAAGCCAAGAAAUUACACCAUGAUGCAUCUGGUUAGGGAUGGAGGACUGCUUUUGAUGCUGAUUGCUGUGCUGGUUUCAUGGUUUCCAUCUGCAGCGACAUUUUCUCUCUGAAAGAUGAAAUGCUGAGGACAGAAUUUGGUUAUGUUCUCUGCUUACUCUUGGUUCUGACAGACAGGUAAAAAAAGAUUUUAAAAAAAAUACAUAUUUGUGUGGUUCAGGUAAAUAACAGCUUUAUCCCCAAGAAACAGAUCUGCUGAGUACAAAAGUGUCGUUUUUUAGAUAUACCUUCUCCCAAAGUAAAAUUGAUAAGAUCACUAACAAGGUGAAGCUCAGUAUUACUGCAAACAGCAUUUAAUUCUCAGGUACAACAGCACAAUACAGUGAAUGGAACAAAUGUCCUUAGGCUGACUCUUCCUCCCUGAUGGAAUUAUACUCCUGAUCCCUGCCCUUUAUUCCUAAAGAGUUGGUGCUACAUGAUCCAGAAGAGAAUAAACUUAUUCUUUGAUCACAUUCCAAACCCCAGUUCUGCUUCCCAGCUUGGAUGUAUAUAUGCCUAACCAAGAUUAACUGAUAAACUGCUAGACAAUAAACAAAUGGGGUUUUUACAUGAAUACAUUCUGGUAUGCUUUCCUGAGUUAAUUCUGGGAUAUCUAAUGAUAUUUCUGGAAAAUGCACCAUGGUUAAUCCAAAUUACAGCAAAGUGCUUGAAGCACCACAGAUUUGUAGAUUUUUCUAACAGAAAAAUAUGCCUGUUUAAAAUGAAUGAGCUAGAUGAAGUGCAUUCAUAAAUAAAACCUAUGAUUUUUCCCAGCAUUAUUGAGUGGUCAAACAAAUAAUUCAUCAAAGGCAUUUGGUGAGUGAUUGCAUUCACGUUCCACUACUUACAAAGCAUUUUUAGCCUUUAAUAAUAUUUCUUUAACACCUGAUACCAUCUGAAAAGAAUUUCAGCUUUGUAAUAGAAAUAAACACUUGCUACAAGGAAACUCAUAA